AAGCAAGGUGAUUUGGAAUUCUCAGACAACCAAACAGACCCUCCAUCCUCCAAGAACAUCAUCAUCAAAUAAUCCCGUUUUGUGUUCGGUCCUCUCUGCCUCUCUCUCUCUAUGCCUCUGGCUCUGGAGUCCAAGAUUCUGACAAAUUCAUUAUUUCCUCUCAUCUCCUGUUUCUCAAUCGACAUCAUUUCUUGUUCUAAGAAAGUCACGGAGAUAAUCACAUAGCUACAGUCGAAGAAACUCAAAGGAAGACCAAGUACUGAACGUUCUGUUAGGGUUUUAUUUGCACUUUUCCUAUCUGGUUGUGCGUUUGCGUGUCUCGAAUUUCUGCGCACUUGGCGUUGCUUCGUGAUUCUAAUUUUGGCUUGGAAUCAUGUUGUGGCUUCCUCAAUUCCAAUAGCCAUGGAGUAAUCUGAAUUUCUUGUGAAAGAUUUCCUUCUUAUAUAAAAUCUGAUGGCUCGGAAAGGUAAUCAAGCAAAAAAUGGACUUGAUCGCCAUACGUCCAAAAACAAAAAAAGAGGUUUAGAUUCAAGCUGUGUGGUGCCAAAUAUGCAAGGACGGGAGCAGGCUGGCGAAGGGAAAUUUUUCCCUGGAGGGGAACUUCCAAAUGACCACCAGACAGGCACACCUUGUGGGGAUAGUGGUAGUGGAACCUGCUGUACAGGAGAUGAAAAUAAAAGUAGACGAAAUUCCUGGAGAUCUCAAAGAAAAGAGAAGCAAGUGAUAGAUGCAGUUCAGGGUGUUGAGCAGCCAUUACCUCCUGGUGGCAGCAGUACUUUGAGCGAAAAUCCUGGUGUCCAAGAAGAAAAUGGAGAUCCACCUCUUAGUAACUGUGGUCCUAGACAUACAAAAGGUGGAUUGGGUUACAGGCUCUGUGGGCAAGCCAAAACAAUGUUGGAGAAUGUGGAUUUUUCAAACAUUUCGGUGGUUAGAAACUUGAGAGAAUUUGUUGUGUCCAUCUCAAAGUCAGCUGGUGAAUGGCUAGGGAGGCAGGGACCGUUGUUUGUUACGCUCAAAAUGAAAAUGAAUAUUGCUCAUGAUUAUGUUGGACUGAAGAUUCAGCAAGCAUAUCCUUUCGUGUUGAAAUGGCUGAUGAAUUUUGGGAAUAUAAUGCUUCUUUUAUCUGUGGUUUGGUUGGACUGUACUCUUCGAGGCAUUGAUUCCUUUCUACGCAUGGGGACAACAUCCUUUUUCUCUGUUCUUUGGUGUAGCAUUCUCUCAGCAAUGGCUAUGGUUGGGUGGUUCAAGUUCCUUAUUGUCUUGGCUAUAUCUGCUUUUGUCACGCUGUUUGUUGGUCUCACCCUUGGAAUUUUAAUAAUUGGUAUUUCUGGAACUGUUUUCUUGUGGUUCUAUGGAAGCUUUUGGACAACAGCACUUGUCAUAUUCCUUGGAGGUUUGGCGUUCAUGUUAAGCCAAGAACGCUUGGCAUUGUUGAUUACCACUGUGUACUCUGUCUAUAGUGCCUGGACGUAUGUUGGAUGGCUUGGUUUGCUUCUGGGUUUGAAUUUGUCUUUCAUCUCAAGUGACAUUCUGAUUUACAUCCUGAGCAAAAACUUAAAUCAGCAGAGAAGGACCAAUGGACACCAUGAACAAACUGCUGGAAUGCAAGGUCAAUCGGGCUUCUUUAACAGUGAGUCAGAGCAUCCUCCAUCCUUUGAAACUAGCCCAGGGUUAUCAGCAGAUCGUGGGCCUGGAGUUCCCUCAACCAGUGGAGUUGAUUCUGAAUUAAAUUCUGAAGAGGAAGUUGUCCGAUUGUUGAACUGUACUGAUCACUAUUCAGCAUUGGGCUUGCCCCUGUAUGAGAAUGUGGAUGUUUCUUUACUCAAGAGGGAAUAUAGGAAAAAGGCAAUGCUGGUCCAUCCUGAUAAAAAUAUGGGUAACGAGAAGGCUGCAGAAGCUUUUAAGAAACUUCAAAACGCAUAUGAGGUUUUACUGGAUUCCUUGAAACGAAAAACAUAUGAUGAUGAAUUGAGGAGGGAAGAGCUGCUGAACUAUUUUCGCAAGUUUCAAAGUACUUCGCAACAGAAUGGACGAAAUGGUUUCUUUUCUUCUGGGUUCUCUCGCUCGGAGGCCGAUGGUGAGGACCCAUUGGGAGAGUCGAGAAGAAUAGCAUGCAAGAAGUGCAGCAACUUCCAUAUUUGGAUACAAACCAGAAAAUCGAAAUCACGAGCAAGGUGGUGCCAGGACUGCAAUGAUUUUCACCAAGCAAAAGAUGGAGAUGGAUGGGUUGAGCAAUCUUCGCAACCCUUCUUCUUUGGAUUAUUGCAGAAGGUUGAUACUCCAACAGCGUAUGUUUGUGCUGACAGCAAGAUAUACAAUGCCACUGAAUGGUAUAUCUGUCAGGAAAUGAGAUGUCCGGCCAACUCUCACAAACCGAGUUUUCAUGUAAACAGUAGUGUAACCUCCAAGCAUAAUUCCAGUAAGGGAUCGAGUUCGGGACAGAGAGAGCAUAAUUCCAGUAAGGGAUCGAGUUCGGGACAGAGAGGCAGCCGGGCUCCAAAACCUAAUGUGGAAGAGACGAUGACAGAGGAAGAAUUCUUCGAGUGGUUCCAAAAUGCAGUGCAAACAGGAAUGUUCGAGUCAUUUAAUGACAGCACAUCUACUGAGAGUCCAUCUCCCAGGGCUGGAAAUGGUCCCAAGAGUGGCGGCAGCAAGAGGAAGAAAAAGGGGAAGAAGCAAUGGUGAAAGCCAACGAUGUUUUUCCAGUUUCUUCUCAUUUAAGAACCUUCAUAUGAAGCCCGCUUCCUUUUCCAGAAAUGUAGUUGUGAGGAAAGUUCGACUCAAUUAAACCAAAAUCUAUACAGGCAAAUUGCAUGUCCUUUUCGGCCUGCAUCAUACAGGGUUUAUAUAGUGUUCGAUUUUCCUCACUGGAAAUUUCCCGAAAGUGGGAAGCAUCAUAGGUGUUGCGGUUUUCUUUCGGGGAUUGGAUGAUAAAUGUGGCAUAUACUUGUACCUUCUUAUCUCCUGUCAGAGGAUUUUUAUCAUAUUUUCCCGAUAAAUGAGAGAGGAGAGAAGGGAAGCUUUAAAAUUUCACAAGUAAUGAUAGUAAACCUGCGUACCAGUGAAGUGUUUUGCCAGUCUUUACCAGUAGUGUUAUAUG